GCCGAAGGCGGCCAUUAUACAUCCCAAACGAAUGAUCUGUCAAAAAUCGUACACAGUGAUCUGACGUUAUUUCAAAACAGUCGCCCUUUCUUUCUACCAGUGUCCAGUGGCCCUCAGUAAUUAUGAAACUGUCCGAAAAACAUUCUUGAGAAGAACACAGUGCGGAAGACGGAAAAUUGACUCAUUUUUCUAGAAGUGCUUUACAGUGGAAGAAAAUCGAGCGAGCUAGACAAAAAGAGAAGUCGGAUUUGUUUGUAAACAAGAGGAUUUUAACACUGCGUUCGGCUUUAAGUACCAGUGCCGUGGUUUAACACCCUUUUUAACUAUUAUUUUCCCAAAUCCUUCUCAAUCUUUAAAUUGACCUGUUUUAAGUCUCGUCCUACAAAGUUGAUUUUUUAUUUUCGUUUGGUUUUCACGUCCUACGUCGACACCAGUGCUGUGAUGUGCUCCAAGUUCUUCUCGUUCCAGGAGAAAAUUUGUCAUACCAGCCCAGGCGUAACACUACUACAUUCGAGACGAAAAGGCAUAUUUCUACAUCCAAAGAUAAUGUUCAGGAACUUUUGUGCAGACGGACCGUCCGAUUUUAUACCAAGUUCGAUUUUUUAUUGAAAAAAACAAAAUAUAUAUUUACAAAAGAAACACAAAUUGUUAUUUAAAAGACAAGAAGACAAAAGUUAAACAAAAACAACAAGAGUACAUAACCGAAAGAUUUGUUUUAAACAAAAAAAACCAUUGUUAUCUCUUAUUGAAAACAAAGUGUAUUGUUUUUGUUAUAAAAAAACACAUAUAUAAUUAUUUUUUCGUUUUUAAAUUUUACUUUAGUAUAUUCUAUUAAUUCAUAAAUAAAAAUGAAGUUGUUGGAAAGUUCGAGGUUCGAAGCUCUUAACAGUGCUCUCAGUUUCGAUUCGGGCGACAGCAAAAUUGUUGGCAGGAUUGAAAGUUAUUCGUGCAAAAUGGCCGGAAAUGACAAACAGUUUUACAAGAGGUUCAACUCUGAACAGGGGGUAAAUCCUAAUGAUCUCCAAGCUUUAUCUCCGCCCCAAACCGGCCUAGGGAUCUCACCAGGGCAGAGUUACUACAGCCGUAGUAUAUCUGGUGAUGAAGAUGGUCCUUUGUGCGAUACGAUCAGCAGGAAGACGCUUUUUUAUUUGAUUGCAACUCUCAAUGCAGCAUUCCAGCCUGAUUAUGAUUUCUCAACAGCGAAAAGUCAUGAGUUCAGCAAGGAACCUAGUCUUCAAUGGGUUAUGAAUACUGUGGAUAGCAAUUUAAGCGCAACAGUUGGAGAGCAGUACAGAUCUUUGCGUACCAACGUUUGGGCCGCAAUUCAAGACGAGAUCUCAAUGUCUGAUUGUGACAUUUACAGCUAUAAUCCAGAUUUGACGUCAGACCCAUUCAGCGAAGACGGCUGCCUUUGGUCGUUCAACUAUUUUUUCUACAAUAAGAAGAUGAAGAGGAUUGUGUUUUUCUCAUGCAGGGCUAUCAACCCGAUCUACUUAUUGGAUUCUGGGAUCGGCAGUGAUUUCACAAUGGACGAGGAUGAUGACACUUACUAAUGGAUAUAUGAAUAUAAAUGUUAAUAAGAAUUUUCAUAGUUUAAAAUAAUCCUUUUUAAAAAAAACUUUUAUCGCAAACUUUUUAGAUGUAACUCUUCUAAUGUAGAUAUAUACACGUAUAUAUUUUUAUUGUUGAACUAAUGUGUAAAAAAUUAACCUUUCAGAAAAAUUUAUUGUGUUUAUUUUUUCUUGUGGACAAGUUCUUUCAACUUUGUCUUUUCGAUAGAUAAAACAAGUCAGUGCAAGUUAACUAAAUAAGAGUUAGUUAUUUUUAUUUAGCAUAUAUUAAACUUAACUCAAAGUCAUUAAGAUAUAUUAUUUUAGUAUUUAUUUAUAUUUUUUUAAAAACUUAUUUUGUGUUGAAAAUAUUCAAUUGAUUAAAAAAAAUUUACUAAAAGAAUUUAAGUGUUCUUUAGGGCACAUGCUAUUAUUUUAGAUUUUUCUCUCCUUAGACUUUUAGUUGAUGUGAGUGUGUAUUGCUAUUUAGCUUUAAUUUUCCUUUCUAGAUCUCAGGUGAGAGAUGAUCAAAUCAGUCAAAACAUUUGUUUAAAUAUUGCUGAUUUUACACCAGUAUUUUUGAGUAAUUUUAUCUAUUUGACUUUAUUGUAUAGUGGAUUUAAAAAAUACAAAUCACCCUGUUUGUAACUUACGAGGCGUUUAGUAAAUAUAAAUUUGAGUUUA